UAAGGAUCAGUGCAUACUGGUUGUCAGGUCAAAACAAAAGAGCGUCACAAUGGAGAACGGAUUGUAAGUCAGAUCUCCAGUUUAUGUAUGUGUGUCAUGGGUUAAUUGCAGCGGCAGAAUGAAGUUUCAAAUUACGUAAUCAUGACAAUCUUCAGUAAGAAAUGGUUUCGCCGUAUGACAAUGGCUAAUUUAGUUCUAGUAAUUAUAUAUAAUUAGUUUCGUUUAUUAGCAGGUGCCCGUUUUCCAAACAGAUAAAUUAUUGACAUUUUCUAUACCGACUAUUUUACUGUGCUAAGAUGACAUCUCAUUCAAGAGAUUACAAUGCGCGGUCUUUAGACUUUGGGAGUCUCAAAAAGCCAGAACCUUUACAUUUCAAAAUGACGGAUUUUCGUCGUGAUCUACACAUCCGGAGUAAACGGGAGCAGCACGCGCGGAAAGAGAGGCUGAGGUCCUUCACUGAGGCCAAGCACCUGUCAAAAAACGCUGUCACAAUCGACACGUCUCGGGGCAGGUCCAACAUCGAGGUCGUCAGGAUGUGUAUAAAGGAACUCGGAUUCAGAGAGUUUCCGUUUGGUCGCCGUGAGAGUUUGACAUGUGACAUACACUGGCAUGCCUGUAACUUUGACGAGAAUCCAGACGUCUACAAUGGGGCUGUCAACAAAUUUCCAGGAAUGGGGGAUAUUUGCAGCAAAAUGUCCCUGUUCCGAAGCCUGGACACGAUGAAGGAAAUUUUCCCCAAUGAAUAUGACUUUUACCCACGUACAUGGUACCUGCCUGCUCAGUACAUGGAGUUUUCUGCAGAGUUGCGAAGACUCCAUGAAAAAAGAGUCAAACCUAAGCCAACAUUCAUCGUAAAGCCAGACAAUGGCUCUCAGGGGGACGGAAUAUAUCUGAUACGAGACUCAAACGAAUAUAAUCCCAAUAACAGUAAAUCGCAUGUGGUGCAGGAAUACAUGAGCAAUGUGUACCUCAUUAGCAACUACAAGUUCGACCUGCGAGUUUACGUGGUGCUCAAGUCUCUGGAGCCCCUACAGAUCUACAUCUGUAAGGAAGGACUGGCCAGGUUUUCUACUUUGCAAUAUGAAACCCCCACUAAAGGAAACCUUCAUGAAACCUUCAUGCAUUUAACAAAUUAUUCUCUAAAUAAACGUAGUGCCACAUUUAAUCGAUCCGAGAGGGAGGAUGAUGGAAGCAAACGGACGUUGACUAGUGUGAUGCGGAGAAUCGGAAUCAAUGGUCAUGAUACAGACAAGGUGUGGACAAACAUUGAAAAGUGUGUGUGUAAAACUAUUAUUGCCAUACUGCCAGAGCUCAAAGUGGAGUACCAGGCCACCAUCCCACCCAACAAACCUGGCCCCCGUUGCUUUCAGAUCCUCGGGUUUGACAUCCUGUUACUUGACAACCUGAAGCCAAUCCUACUAGAGGUGAAUUCCAGUCCCAGCCUCAGUAUCGACGGCGAGCAGGAGGUGGCGCCAGGUGUAUUGGAGUAUGUUACAUGUGCACUGGAUGAAAUGGUGAAGCGACCGCUAGUGAGAGACGCCCUGUUGUUGAUGUCACCUCUACAGAAACUGAAGUCUGGAUUCAUAAGCAAAAGGCAAAGGCGGAAGAGGAAGAAGGGAGGUCACUCUAAUAGGAAUGGCUGCCCUGAGCCUGUACAGCAUCAGAGAACUCACAUCCUCAUUAUCAAGGCAGACGAGUCAGACGAGGAGAAACGGGAGGUGGAUGUCACACAACAGAUGUCCGAACUCAACAAUGAACUUGAUUUCACCAGGCAUGAAAAAGAGGAAGAAGACCUCGUGGACAGUCACCCAGAGGAUGAAAAUCUAGAUGAUGAUGAAAGAUUUGUUAAGAUUUUGACAAAGUUGUCCAAAGAUAGCUGUCUGAAGCAAUUGUAUCCUGCUGUAUAUGACGAGGAAUUAGAGCAUUUAAGGAUUCUUGAGCGAGUCGCCAACCUUUUCAUCAGCUUUCUAGGGGUCAGGGGGUCACUGAGGAUCGGCCCCACAGGCUUCCGUACCUUUGCCAGGAAGUGUCGACUGAGCAGGCGGGGCAUCACCAACGCUGCUGUGGAUAUCAUGUAUAUAGACAUGCAACGCCGCUGGGACCACAUGAACCCUGACCGGACAUCUGCUAUGUCAGAGAAAAAGUCCAAGAGUACCGUAGGUCUGUGUUUCCAAGGAUUUCUUGAUUCAUGUCUAGAAAUUGCUCGAAGGAAGUUUCCUGGCCCUUCAAAGAUAGAAAUGCUGGAAACUCUUGUUGACUUUUGUGAAAACAGCCUGAGUCAUCAGGAUGAUGAUGGUAAAAUCCCAAACCUCCCAAAGCUCCACUUCCGACGCCUUGGUCUGGCAUAUCGACCAUCAGGAUUUCAGAUACAACGCAGGACAAUAGACUGUAUGACUGAGGAGACGGUGAAGGACCUGUAUAUGGCAGAUAGUCGCUCAACACAUCACUCGGACGAGAUCGAGACCUUUCUGCGUGAACGAAGAAAGAAUGCUUAUCAACCCACUCUUAUGAGAUACAUGUCCCGUACCUCACUUGUGCAAACUCCUGAAUAGUGCAUUCAUGAUCGUACAGCUUGGGAAUUACCACUGUAUCAAUAACAACUGGGGUACUGUCAAAGGCUGCAUGGCACUGUCAGUUAUAGUUGUGUUAUUGUAAGUUACAACUGCAGUACUGUCAAUGACUGUCUGGUACUAUCAGUCACAACUGCAGUACGGUCAAUGACUGUCUGGUACUAUCCGUCACAACUGCAGUACUGUCAAUGGCUGUCUGGUACUAUCAGUCACAACUGCAGUGCGGUCAAUGACUGUCUGGUACUAUCAGUAACAACUGCAGUACUGUCAAUGACUGUCUGGUACUAUCAGUCACAACUGCAGUACUGUCAAUGACUGUUUGGUUCUGUCAUGUUACUGUUGGAGUAAUGUCAAGUUACAGCUUGUCACUAUCAGUAACUUUUUUUCCCCCAGUUACAGCUCUAGUACUACUCAUGACACUGCCAGCACAGUCAGUUAGGUGUUUGCGAAAGGUACAUAGCUCAGUGUGUACUUUGAUUCAAACUACUAGAUCAAUACAACGUACAGUGGGGGGUGACAGUAAGGAGUUUGUAGCUUCUGGAAUACUCUCCAGUCCAUCAGAGCUUGGCUUUGUUUGUGUAACUACUACAGGGCGGGCUUUCUGGAAAUGGAUUAGGUUUAUUAAUUUGAUUUAAAUUCUUAACUCUAACACAGCAGUUUGAGCCUUCAAUUUAGCCAGAUAUACCUUGCAUACUUGAAGCUUUGUCAUGACACAGCAUUCUGGGAGAAUGUUUACACAUAUACAGGUAUAUGAUGUAUGACCAUUUACAUUGUAUACAAUGGCAGCCUGACAAUUUCAGCAUUCAGAGAUGGACUUCAUUACAUGUUCUUAUAUCUCAAUUAUUGUUUUAAUGUUGGUGUUUAUUCAUAUAUUUUUGAUCUAAUAUGACAGUGUGAAAUGUUAAUUAAAUUAAAGCAACCAACCUGUAUUUGUGCUGUGGUUGAGGAUGUGGUACUACCUGUAUAAAACUGUUGGUCAUCACAUACUCAUAACAAUGAAAUUAUAACAGAGUAGGGGGUCCUUUCACUGACACAUAGAACAAUUGCCUUCUUUUCUGGUUACCUUUGAUUAUUCUGAGGAUGAAAAUUCUAAUGAUAUAUAAUUGUAUAGGACUACUCGUUAAUAUUUUAAUGUUAUUCAAAUAGCAUUGGUGCAUUAGAUAAGAUAAGAUAAGAUAAGAUAAGAUAGAUAAGAUAAGUUAAUUUCUGGUUCAGGGCUUAUACACAUGUCCUCUAUAGAUACCAGACUCAAAAAAUACAAACAAAGUAUAAUUAUGCGCAUAAUAUUAAUAAUUUGACAAUUAUAUGAUUGCAGCUCUGUAAUUUAAAAAAAGUUCCUUGUUUUUACAGUGGUUGUCUAGUUCAUUUUCAAAUUUGUUAACAUUAUUUGCUGAAGUAACAUAUUCAGGUAGUUUGUUCCAUGUCGAUAAUCUACAGCUUGUCACUAUCAGUAACUUUUUUUCCCCCAGUUACAGCUCUAGUACUACUCAUGACACUGCCAGCAGAGUCAGUUAGGUGUUUGCGAAAGGUACAUAGCUCAGUGUGUACUUUGAUUCAAACUACUAGAUCAAUACAACGUACAGUGGGGGGUGACAGUAUUUUUUAUUGAAAAAGAGUUUUUCCUUAGCAUGGUUGAAGAGCGUUAUACGUAAUGUAUUCUGAAUAAGUUUUAAGUGAAAUUAACUAAAUCUGAAUACUGAAAAAGUGCUCUUUCAACAGAAUAUAGAUGGUUAAAAAAUAUGUAUACAAAGUACAUUAGUAUCAGCAAUGUCAAGAUCAAGGUACAUUUUCAGUUUGUAAGAAAAUGUUCUUCCAGCAAAGCUUGUUAAACAGUACACAGUGUGGAGAUGUCUGGGUGCCAUGUCAGUGAAUAUGUAAAGUGGCAUUGUUUUUAUAUCAUGUCGGUCUCCUUAAACAUGUAGAAUACACAGACGUGUAGAAAUAGUUGAUAUCCUAAAACAUGUAGAAUACACAGAUGUGUAGAAAUAGUUGAUAUCC